UUAUACAUUAAUUAGUUAUGUGUGUUGUGAUGUGAUUCACUAUUAAAACAAGAACAGUUUUUCAUAAAAUUUCCUUGCUAUAUUUUAUAAUAUGAGGUUAUAAUGGUGCUUAUAAUUCCAGAUAAUAUCCUGGAUACUUUACUUUGCAGUUUUUGUCAUAAAUAUUUAUCGGUGAAACCAGUAAAAAUUUAUCCAAACAGGCGUAUACAGUGUGGAAGAUGUGUUGAUGUUGAUAAGAAGGAACCAGCGCUUCAGAAAUCACAAGGGGUAGAAUCAUUAUAUGGAAAAAUUGCUGAACACGUUUUAUUUAAAUGUGUUAACAGGUUUGAUGGAUGUCGGGAAUUGUUAACAUAUUCCCAGGUGCGAGAUCACGAAAAGAUAUGCUUGGAAAAAAAUCACAAAUGCCCAAUUUGUGAUGACGAAAUGGCGAGUUUUAUGAUGUUUCAACACUUUCAUUUCAAACAUAAGAAUGCCGUAUUGGACUGCCCAACCCUUGUCUUCAACUUGAAAGAUUAUUUAGAAAUGCCUAGUGUUUAUAUAUAUCAACAAGAAGAUAAUUUAUUUUUUCUAUAUAUAAACUAUAGUAAGUCGGAAAAUACAUUAAAAUUAGAUUUGGUUUAUAUGGGAAGUUUUAAACUCGCUAAGAAUAUAUACCAUGAAUUUACUGUAAGUAGUGAAAACAAAGAAUUUGAUAUUGUAUUGAAACCAAAACCAUGUACUGAUGAAUUUGUUUUAGAUAUAUCAUAUAUGUCAAACUUUAUACAAAUCAAAUUUAAAUUAAUUGAUCGUAAUCUAAAUAUUUUGACGGCACCUGAAAUGUACCACCAGCAUUUGGCUUCAGCCCACCUAAAUGAGGCACAAGCUAUGAGGGAACCCAUACUCAAAAAGGCUCCACAGGAGAGUCAAAUUGAAUACACAUCAAAAUUUAAUCAAAAAUGUAAAGCAUGCCAAGAGUAUUGCAUGUUUUCAAUAACUCGUUCUCAAAUUGACGCUUACUACAUUGACGAAGAAAAUAAUUAUGUAUGUUACUAUUGCUAUGAGGCUUUCAAAUCUAAUCUAACAGCUACUUGUUAUCGUAAAAGAAAAAUUCCUCUUCAUAUAUUUGAUGCAAUGAAGUUUUUCAAAUGGAAUUGUAGUAAAUGUUGUAGCGAGAUUGAAUUUUCAGAUAUUCGAUCACAUGAAAUAAGCUGUAAACUAGGUAGACAAUUUACUUGCCCUAUAGGAGAUUGUUGUGAAAAAGGCACUGUUAAUCAAAUGAUCAAACAUUUGAAAGAUCAUAAUUGUUUGGCAUUUUCGUCUUACUUUAUUAAACCUCGUGAUAUUUUUAGUUGUUAUGUGUUUGUAAGAGAGCAUAUUGUAUAUUUAGAAGAAUUAACUUCUGCGUAUCGGAGUAAUCUUUAUUUCCCUUAUGAAGUGCGGACAAAACUAGUAACAAAAACCGACAACAAGGAAAAAGUAACAAGAAUUGACAAUGAUCUAACACGCUUGUACAUUAACAACCAAGAAUCUGACAGAAAUACACCAUAUGUUCUGAUGUUUUACAGCAAUAAUGAAAUGAAGGAUAAGUCUCCCGAACCAAUUAAUUACCCAACAUUUGUAAAAGUUAUUGUAAUCUAAUAAAGCAUAUUUGUUUGCAA